AUGCCGAUGCAGAAUUUGAAGGAUGGAAAUGGAAGCCUUCUAGAGAAAAAAUCUACAGUUAUUUUUGUGUUAGGUGGCCCAGGCAGUGGAAAGGGUACUCAAUGUGCAAACAUUGUGCAACAUUUUGGGUAUACUCACCUCAGUGCCGGUGAUCUUCUGCGAGCAGAAGUUAAAUCUAGUUCUGAAAAUAGUACAAUGAUUCAAAAUAUGAUUAAAGAAGGAAAAAUUGUUCCCUCCGAGGUAACAAUUAAGCUUUUGCAACGAGCAAUGCAGGAAAAUGGAGAUGACAAAUUUCUUAUUGAUGGUUUUCCUCGCAAUGAGGAAAACCGUGCAGCAUUUGAGAAUGUGACUGGAAUAGAGCCAGCAUUUGUUCUAUAUUUUGAUUGCCCUGAGAAAGAGAUGGAGAGGCAACUUCUUAAUAGGAACCAGGGAAGAGAAGAUGACAAUAUUGAAACAAUAAGGAAACGAUUCAAGGUUUUCUUGCAGUCUAGUCUCCCUGUGAUUAAUUAUUAUGAUGCAAAGCAAAAAGUUCGCAAGAUUGAUGUUGCAAGGCCAAUUGAAGAGGUAUUCGAGUCAGUCAAAGCAAUUUUUGGUCCAAAAAAUGGGAAGGUAAAUCACUAUGUUUGCUUUAUGUCAAAACUCUAUAUGUAUAAGUUCCAUUUUGUAUCGAAAAGAAAAUUUGGAAAUCAAUGUCAUCGUAAAAAUGCCAAAAAGAUACAUGCACAAGGAAGGACAUCACUCUUGAAGGGAUUCAAGAGGAGAGAUUUCCGCGUGCAGCUUUUGGAUUUGCGUACUGUGGUUAAGCUUUUCGUAGUUUUAGCAAUUUCAUUUGUGAAGAACAAAUUGAAUUCUGAUGAAGAUGACAGGCUGAUUGAGCAUGUUCACCCUUGA